AUGCUGGCUGGCCCAACCGACUUCUUGAGGCAACUGGCCACUCAGAGCCAAGUCCUCGCCUGUGUGCAAUGGCUGGGAGAAUUUCAAGUGCCCGCGUGCAUUCCGCUGGACGGCAGUGCUAUGAUUAAAGACGUAUCGGAUCUCAUAGACAUACCCGAGAGUCAGCUCGCUCGAGUGAUACGAAUGGUGGUGACGGCCGGGUUUUUGCAAGAGCCUCAGCCAGGCUACGUAGCCCACAGCACUCUAUCAGCGUCAUUUGUCAUUCAGCCAUCUUACCUGGAUGCCACCAUGUUCCUAGCUGAACGAGUGACUCCAGCCGCGUUGGGGAUGGCAGUAGCGACGAAGCGGUGCUCAACGUCAUCCAAGGAAUUGACUCCGGAUACCCAUAUUAUCGGCUCUAAUGCACCUAAUGGGAUUGCCUUUGCCGGGCCAAAAGAGGCCCGGCUGCCCCGACUGCAGCGUCAAUGGCAUGCAUAUCUCCGACAUGGGACGGGACAUCUGUGCGAUACAGUGACGGACGUUCUAACCUGUCUCGAGCCCUUUCGGAUGGCCAAUGCAACAGUUGUAGAGGUCGGGGCGCGAUCCACCGAGCGAGCGGUCGCCCUUGCCAGUCAAUAUCCUACACUGUGCUUCACGGUUCAAGUGAACCAGAUAGGUGACUCGCCCUUGACUGGAAAAGAGAGUCUACCUGCAUUCCUCGAUAAGACACGACAAGUGCGUCCGACUCCACGCGUGACCGUCCAGCAGCGGGUCCUCGGCUCCCAGCAACUCGUUUUCGACGCCGCAAUCUACAUCGUCAAUUUACCCUUGCCAAUACCGGGAAUGAAAUCCUCCUCCUUGGCGACGCAAACGAGUGCCGAGCUCAAGGCACACCUGGAUGUACUUCGAAUGAAUCGGCUAGCCACCAUGGUUCUCGUCGCACCUUAUCUAUCAGAGAGCGACAAUGAAAGCAUGGAAGCGGAGGCCCUGAUGCGGAUUCGAGACCUGUCUUUAUUGCAAUUGCUAAAUGAUCAGGAGCUAGGGAUCUCGAAGUUGGUCAAUCUAGUGAGCGGUGUGAGUGACGGCGAGGGGAGACUAGUCUUGGUGAAUCGGGUCAAGUCGCCAGGGAAGCAUGGUACCGUUGCGUUGGAGAUCAAGUAUCAGGCAUAUACGGACCAUGAAUAA